CUAUGGUUACUUUAUAGGACUUGUUCCCCGCGAACGAAUUGCUCAUGAACGUCACACCAUUACUGAACGGUCACUAAGUGAAUGAAAUGAACGGAUCAGUGAGGCGACCGGCAUCAUUCGGUUUAUUUUUUAAUCUGAAAAUGGUGGCAGCCGUUUGCCUUCCAUAUAUCUUAUGUUACUGUCAUGAAAAUGACGUCAUACUAUUGACAGUACUCACUUCUUGUUUUGUUUAUACCCGUGACGUUCAUGUUGUUUCAACAGUUUUAUUAUUGCACUUUAUAAAAUAUAAUCUUUUAUGACCAAUUUUUCCAUAAAAACAUAUAUGUUAAAUAUAUGUUAAAGUGACAUGAGAAACAGACGUACAGUACUUAGAAUCACGAAUUAAUUUUUGAGAAAGAUCAUUUCGUUUAUAUGAAUUUUUCAUAGAUAAUGUUAUAACAAUGAAACCAUCUUAUAAAACAUUUAAUUGUGUUUUAUUAUGAACAUGUUUACCCAACACAAUGCAAUGGUAUUUUCAUGAUACUUUCUGGCAGGGACGAACACGUUAGAAGGCUGUAGUGGGCUCUAUCUAUUCUGAACGCUGUCCUUUAUCCUUGCAAAGUCACGUUAAAGGGGGCGCUGAGUGCUUCGCUCAGCCCCCCGGCCACGUGACCUCUGAACGCUUGAUGGGUGACGUCACCGCACGGCGCUCGGUGGUAGGGAGGUGAUCGGCAGUGAAGCGGCAUCUGUGUCAAAGACUGACCGAUGGCCACCCCUGCCAUUUGCUCAGGUUGAUUCUUUCCGUUCACGGCGAUGUAAGUCUGCAGUGCACUCCCUGCCCCAGCUGCGCGGUGAGGGAACCGGGGACCGUGGUCCCUGGACUCGGCUCCGUUUCGUUACUCAGGUCGGUUGCAUGUUAAGCCGGUUAGCUAAUGCGGUCGAGCCGUAUGAAGUCAUGAGCGUCUCACUCGGCUUUUGGGAUGCGUUAUUAUAGUGUAACAAGUAUUUUGUGAUUUUCGUUUUUAUCUGCAGACACGAGUAAUAUGCUGGCGAUUAAUAACGAAUAAUAAGGAGGCCCUUUUCCAGAGUAUCCGAAUAACAUAUGCAAUGGGACCCACACCCAUCCCUGUUAUGGACUCCUCAGACCGGGAACAUGUGUGUAUAACAUGAUGUCUUAGGUCACAGCAGGUUUGGGAGCUGUCAUAGAAGAGCGACGCGAUUUUAUGGGCGUGGUGUCACUGCUUCCAUCAGUAGAUUGUCGGAAGCUAAUCAAUCUUACUGGUGUAUUACCUUAUAUUGCAUUAUAUAUUUAUCAUUCUGGUAGCUUAUAUUUAUGCCUUGUUCCAAGUCAGGCGAGAUAGCGUUGAAAAGGUGGCUUGAAGACUUGUUUAUGCAGACCUGUGUGGAAACCAUUGAUCUUGACAGAUCUUUAGAAGAAUAGCAGACCCUUUGAUACUGGAGCCACGUUAUCCUGAAUACUUGGAGGUGCAGCUGUGGAGCACAGAAAUCCUGCAUCAUGUCACGGGGUUCAGGAGAGUCUGGGAGCUCUGUCCCAUCUGCACCGCUGAUCUCUGUGCAGGACCUCUCUAAUCCCCCAGGGCCAUCCUCUCCACUCCAGCAACCCGAUGACCUCAUCUCAUCUAGUCCUCUCACUGACCAGGUGACAGUCACCGCAGAUGAGACGUCCCCGUCAUCGACCAGCUCCUUUGAAAUGAUCGACAUGGAGGCUGUUCCUCCGCUCUGUGAACCUGUGCAGCCGCACUGGUUCUACUGCCGGAGGGCUGACACCAAAGACUCCUGGAUGCCCUUCAGCAGGGAGGACUCCCAGAAGCUGGAGCAGGCCUACCUGCUGAGUGGCCAGGGUGAGGAGGAGGUGGUGGUUCCCACGGAAGGCGAGCGCUAUGACGUCAGGCUGAGGGAGAGGCGGCGCUAUGCCGUGUACUGGGAGCAGGCGCCCACCGAGGUGCGUCGCUGCACGUGGUUCUACAAAGGUGACAAGGACAGCCGCUUCCUGCCGUACCCCGAGGACUUCAGCAAGAGGCUGGAGGAUGCCUACAUGAUUGCCGUCACUUUGGAUGAGUGGAAGAGGAAGCUGGAUUUUCCCACUGGGGAAAUGGUCAUCCUGCACAACCCUAAGCUUAUUAUGCAGUACCAGCCCAUCACACAACAGGAUGAGUGGGUUUCUUCCCCCUCGGAGCAGACACGGCCCCGCACUGUCAAGAGGGGCUUGGAGAACAUCUCUGUAGAGAUCCCAGAUGGGGAGCCGGAGAAAGUGGACCACCUGGUGUUCAUGGUGCAUGGUAUUGGUCCUGCAUGCGACCUGCGGUUCCGAAGCAUCAUCCAGUGUGUGAAUGACUUCCGCAGUGCUUCCCUAAGCCUUCUCAACACACACUUCAGGAAGGCCCAGGAAGAGCAGGCAAUCGGCAGAGUGGAAUUCCUCCCAGUGAACUGGCACAGCGCACUGCACGGGGACGCCACGGGGGUGGAUGAGGACAUCCAGAGGAUAACGCUUCCCAGCAUCAGCCGCCUGCGCCACUUCACCAACGACACCCUCCUGGACCUCUUCUUCUACAACAGCCCCACCUACUGCCAGACCAUCGUAGACACAGUCGCGUCCGAGAUCAACUGCCUGUACCUCCUGUUCUUGCAGAGGCACCCGCAGUUCGCCGGCACUGUGUCAGUGGCGGGACACAGCCUGGGGUCCCUCAUCCUAUUUGACCUCAUGACCAAUCAAAGAACAGGUCCAGGAGAAAGCAAUGGGCUAAGGGGGAAAGCCGAUACUGAUGGGCCCCCACACGACUACAGGAGUCUUGAGGAGGCUCUGAAGAGGAUGGGCUUAGAGGAACUUAUUGCAGUCUUUAAAGCUGAACAGCUGGACCUGGAAUCUUUGGCUUUAUGCUCAGAGAGUGAUCUGAAGGAUCUGGGAAUACCGCUAGGGCCACGUAAGAAGAUUCUCAACUUCAUGAGCAGGAGAUGGAUAUUACAGGAUCUAAAGGCAAGAAGUCCAUUGCUGGCUUCUGGACAGCAGUCUUCCACAGAGGGAGAACAGGCCUCAUCCCCAGCUCCCCUUGAGCACCCCUUCCUGCGGCCUGUGUCCACCACCAGUGCAGUAGACUAUGAAUACUUUGAUGUGGGAAUUGGACAGCCGAAUCUGGGCAUUGCCACCGGGCAGGUGUCCAUCAGCUACCCCCAGCUGGCCUUCCACCCUCAGACCUUCUUCGCUUUCGGUUCCCCCAUUGGAAUGUUCCUCACGGUGCGAGGUCUCAAGCGCAUCGAUCCCAGCUACAGCUUUCCAACCUGCAAGAGCUUCUUCAACAUCUAUCACCCGUUUGACCCAGUUGCCUACAGGAUCGAACCCAUGAUUGUGCCUGACAUGGAGAUCGAGCCCAUGCUGAUCCCCCACCACAAGGGCAGGAAGAGAAUGCACCUUGAGCUGAAGGAGAGUCUCACGCGUAUGAGCACCGACCUCAAGAACAACGUGCUGGGCUCCCUACGCACCGCCUGGCAGUCCUUCUCACGGCUACCCAUUGCUGCGCUGCCCCCUGUGGGCGAGGGAGAGAGCAACGCGUCAGGGCUGUCCGUACAGGAGAUGGAAGCCGGAAAAGGCACUGUCAGAAGGACAGACUGUAAGACAGACUUUUGGAAAAAAAUUAUGGAGUGGCCUAAAGUGAUUAAUUUAAGUUACUUCCAAGGCCCAAAGGUGGAGGAAGUAGAAACGACUUCAGCUGCAGAGAGGCAAACCGAGGAGCAGAACAUCAAAAUCGGGAUGUUAAAUGGCGGCCGACGCAUCGAUUAUGUGCUGCAGGAGAAACCGAUAGAGAGCUUUAAUGAGUACCUGUUUGCCAUCCAGAGCCACCUGUGCUACUGGGAAUCUGAAGACACUGCUUUGCUGGUGUUGAAGGAGAUCUAUGAAAAACUGGGAGUCGUUUUGGAACAGCCUCAGUCGUAGUAUGGAUGGAGACACCUUGGACUUAGCUGCGUUCUCGAGGAACUGGCUGUACAUUUUUGCCGAAGUAAAUGCUCGCACCGAGCCUGUCUGGCAACGGCUGCUUGACUUUUGAAGCUGAAGAUCUGGAAUCCAGCAGACAUCUGUUCCUCAGAUCAGUGGAAAUUAUUAAUGGGAUUCACACCAUUGACACAUUGGGUUGUGGAAUCUUCUAUGAUCAUUCUGUUGUUGGACCAUCAGACUGUUAAAAGGGAAUGUCUGCUUGUAAGUUUAUAACCUGCCUGCAAACGUAUCUUUUUUUAAUUUAACGUUAAAUUAUUUUUAUUGAUGUUUAUGUUGUAUAGGAUGCUAAUUUUGCACAUCCUGGAGCUGGAGCAUGCUAACUGCCAUUGUGACUCGCCUCCAUCACUCCUGCAAAGACUGACAAAUUUCGCUGCUCCAUUAACCCAGAAAAAAAAUGCAGCUCUGUUCCACUCGAUCCUUUUGUCCUGCAUUCAAACGCACAGAAAUAUCUUAUGCCACUAAAAAUGGUUUUCUUUGUGUUUAUGGAAGUAAGCUUAUGCUUAACAUAAAAUAAAGUGAAUGCUAAUGAAGGGUGUUUGUAAAAGUGACUGCUGUGUCUGCUACCUGUCUCUUUUACAUUAUCCAGAGAGGAAAGGCAGCAGUUCCCUCUAUAUCUACCGCUGUAUUGCCAUUUGAGGACAAGAACUUGCUGCUAUGCCCCUUUGGCUGGGUGAUGAAGGAUUUUUGGCUAAUCGUGUGAACCAUUUCUCCGAGUAGCCCUUCAGAAGCACAAAGAAAACCCUUUUUUGUUUACCGUUUGGUCUCGCUCUCGCUGUUACAGAAUAAGACUCACCCUGAGCAGGGCAUCUAGUAACUAGCAUAACUCUUGGGGUCUGAUUAUGCGUAAUUUUGUAUUGAUCUGAUCUGGUGCUGUGACUAUGGAGUCCGGUCAUAAACUGCUAUUCAGCUGGAACAUUUUAACACGGACCGGUGUGUCCUGUUCGACUCCAUUCAGUGUAUGUGUUACAGAAGCCUGUCUCAGAGAAAAGGCCAGCCUUUGCUUUGCAUUGAUGUUUGGUCUCUGUAAGUAUGAAACUCCCACUGUCAUAUGCUCGGUUUACGUUUGUCUGUGAUAUAAUUAUUUCCAGGAUAGGUGUAAUCUGAUGACUAUCACAUUGUACUAUAAUAAAUUUCCCAGUCGUAUCCUGUCAAAAACAAGUUUUUUUGCCUCUUAAUUAAGGUAUGACCAAGUCCUUGAAGCCUUAAAAAAAUUUCAUACAGAUUUUAGCAAAUCAUUUUAAUUCCCAAACUGCUUGCUCUGAAGCUACCAAAAUAAAUGAGUUCCUGUAAUGGUUGGGAUCAAACAAUUAAGUGUAAGAUUUUCCAUAUAAGAAGCACAAAGUGACUCCACAGUGUAACUGCCUCUCUAUUUCAACUUCGUUUUGAUUUGGAAACAAGAAAAUUAUUUUGUAUUUAUGUAUCAAACAGUAUGUUUACGUAUUGUGUAUGCCAUAAUAAACGUAACCAUAGCA